AUGGCGAGGCGGCUCGGCGUCCUCUGGAGCGAGGAUGGGGCGGCGCGGCGGCAUGCCGUCCUCCUUGGUCCGCGCACGGCGACGAGGCGGCUCAUCGUAGUCGUCGUCGCUCGAGCCUUCCCCGGAGGAAGUGCGGCUGCUGGAGGAGCAGCGGACAUUGUCAAGGGCAAGUUCACCAUGGAGGACGCCGCCGCGCUGACCGUCAUCGUCGGUGGAGUGGUCGCUGCCGUCGUCGUCGCCCUCCAGGGGCAUGAACUCGCCGCGCCCGACGUGCACGUCGCCGCCCUCGUCGGCUCAAUCGUCGCCCUUGCCGGCUCCGUCGCCCGCCACCUCGCGCUGCCAUCUCCAUCUCCCUCGACGGAUCUGCUCGCGUCCGAGGACACCGCCCCCAUCGCCGAUCCCGCCGUCCGUCGCCCCCGGACCGCCACCGCGCUCCCCCGUCCUCCUCUGGACGCCGUCGCCCCGACACCGCGCCGUCGUCCAUCGCCCCCGACACGCCACCUCGCCGCAUUCAACCUCGCCUCCGCCUACGGCCACCGCACGACCUCACGGUCGAUAUACUUCAUCGGAGCCUCCCCACCGGGGCAUGAACUCGCCGCGCCCGACGUGCACAUCGCCGCCCUCGUCGGCUCCGUCGUCGCCCUCGCCGGCUCCGUCGCCCGCCACCUCGCGCUGCCAUCUCCAUCUCCCUCGACGGAUAUGCUCGCGUCCGAGGACACCGCCCCCAUCGCCGAUCCCGCCGUCCGUCGCCCCCGGACCGCCACCGCGCUCCCCCAUCCUCCUCUGGACGCCGUCGCCCCAACACCGCGCCGUCGUCCAUCGCCCCCGACACGCCACCUCGCCGCAUUCGACCUCGCCUCCGCCUACGGCCACUUCACGACCUCACGGUCGAUAUACUUCAUCGGAGCCUCCCCACCGGUCUGCCUCCUCGCCGCACGUCGUCCCCGACGACCUCCUCGACCCCCGCUGCCCGAAUCCCCACCGCCCCUGUGA